AGACGCCGAUCACAAUGGUCAAGGAAACUAAGUUUUACGACAUCCUGGGGGUUGCCCCGACGGCCACUGAGGCCCAACUCAAGACCGCUUACAAGAAGGGUGCCCUGAAGUACCACCCUGAUAAGAACACGAACAACCCGGAAGCCGCUGAGAAGUUCAAGGAAUUGUCCCAUGCUUACGAGACGCUCUCCGACCCCCAGAAGCGUGGCCUCUACGACCAGCUCGGUGAGGAAGGUCUUGAGCAUGGUGGUGCUGGCGGUGGCAUGGGCGCAGAGGACCUCUUCGCCCAGUUCUUCGGCGGCGGCGGCGGUUUCGGUGGCAUGUUCGGCGGUGGUAUGCGCGAGCAGGGCCCCAAGAAAGCCCGCACCAUCCACCACGUGCACAAGGUCAACUUGGAGGAUAUCUACCGCGGUAAGGUCUCGAAGCUGGCUCUGCAGAAGUCCGUUAUCUGCUCGGGCUGUGAUGGUCGUGGUGGUAAGGACGGUGCUGUCAAGUCGUGUACCGGCUGCAAUGGUUCUGGUAUGAAGACCAUGAUGCGCCAGAUGGGUCCCAUGAUCCAGCGCUUCCAGACCGUUUGCCCCGACUGCAAUGGUGAGGGCGAGAUCAUCCGCGAGAAGGACCGCUGCAAGAAAUGUAACGGCAAGAAGACCGUUGUGGAGCGCAAGGUUCUCCACGUCCACGUCGACCGCGGUGUCAAGAACGGCCACAAGAUCGAAUUCCGCGGCGAGGGUGACCAGAUGCCCGGUGUUAUGCCCGGUGAUGUCGUUUUCGAGAUCGAGCAGAAGCCCCACGCCCGUUUCCAGCGCAAGGACGACGACCUCUUCUACCAGGCCGAGAUCGACCUGCUCACUGCUCUUGGCGGUGGCAUCAUCAACAUCGAGCACCUGGAUGACCGGUGGUUGACCGUCAACAUCGCCCCUGGCGAGGUCAUCACUCCUGGUGCUAUCAAGGUUAUCAAGGGUCAGGGUAUGCCCUCCUACCGUCACCACGACUUCGGCAACCUGUACAUCCAGUUCGACGUCAAGUUCCCCGAGAAGGACCAGCUGAAGAACCUCGAGCUGCUCGAGCAGGUUCUGCCUACUCGCGCGGAGCAGUCCCAGCCCCCGCAGGACGCUAUGAUCGAGGACUUCGAGCUCGAGGACGUCGACUCCAGCGAUUACUCCCAGGCACGCGCACACGGUGCCGCCGGCUCGAUGGACGAGGACGACGACGAUGUUCCUCCUGGCGCUGAGCGGGUGCAGUGCGCAUCGCAGUAGGCGGGGUGAUUUGGAGUGGAGGUGAAGGUGUGCUGGGGCUUUAUGAAAUUCGCUUAUGAUACCAUGUGAGGGGUUUCGGCCCCGGUACUGCUCGGUUCUGUUUAGUUCGCGAUGAUUGAUUUCUGCGAUGGCGUUUGCACUAAGAUUCGGGAGAUGAAAUGGAGAUUUCUUUUCGUUGGAUGCAUUUCCAUGAUCGGGCUUUGAGUCCCAUACGUUAAUGUUCUCUUUUUUC